AUGUCUCAAUUUAUUUUUGCUAUUCUUACUUUUUCUUAUGCGAUUACAAUUUAUCCAAAUCCUCAAUCUUAAAUUUUUUAAUGGGAAUAUUAAAUAUGGAUUGAUUGUAAAAAUCAAAAUCUCAUAAUACCAACCAAUUGUGAUAAUGAUGAUCUAAAUUGGAAAGAAUGUUAUGAAAUACCAGAAUAAGGAUUAUGUCUCAAAAAUAAACUAAAAAUAUCAACACAAUAAACAUAUAACCUUAUUUUCACUUUUUAAAAUUUUAGUACCAAUAUACCUCAAAUUUUACUUAAUAAUAAUCCUUAAGAAUAAAAAUCAUUCUAGAAUAAUAAAAUUGCCAUCUAAACAUUUUUGAAUUACUCCAAUUUAGAUAUUUAAAUUUUAGGAACUGCUGUUAAAUUAUAAAAACUUGUAUUAACUUCUGAUUGUAAUCUAAAUUGUUAAGAAUGUGAUGAAAAUUUUGAAUGUAUUAAAUGCUUUGAUAAUUUUUCUAUGAUCAACUAUUAAUGCUUACCAGAUUCUUGCUUCUAAGUUCUGAGUAAUUUAACUACUUAAAGUGCUUUGAGUGCAAAUUCAAUGAUAGUCAAUUAAAGUGCGUAUUAAGUGACUGUUGAUUUCAAUAUCGAAUUAGGUUAAUGUUUGGUUCCAAAAAUUUAUCUUGUAAAUUAAAUAGAAUCUAAUAAAAUAGAAUUUAUAUUAGAAACCAAACAAAUCUAAAUUAAAACUUAAAAACAACUAAAUUUUUAAUUGACACUAAAUUAAAUUAACUAAUAUUGUAAAUUGAUUUUUCAAAAUAAAGAAAAAACCAUUCAUCAAUGCUCCUUAGGUGUUGCAUUAACUAAUGCUCAAAUCACUUAUUAUAAUCUCAUAAUUUUAGGAGAAGUCACUACAAAUUUAUAAACAUCUUCUUUAUUUUCUUCAACACAAGUAAUUAAUAUUCCUGAAAAUGGAAAAGUAAAACUGGAAGUUAGUAACGAAAUAACAAAAGUGUAAAUUAACAAAGAUUUAAUCUCAAUAUCAUAAACUAUAUAUAACGAUAAUUUAAAAAUAGAUACAGUAUUGAUAAAUGAAGCUUUUUUUAUAUAAAAUGGAUAGUAAUAUGAUAGUUUAGAAUUUUUAGCAUCAUUUGUAGGAAAAUAACAGAUUACUUAUAAAUUCAAAAUAAAGGAAAUUAACAUGAAAUUUGAUUAAAAGAUGGAUUUGGUUUUAAGAUCAGAGUUGAUAGAGUCAAAAAGAAUUCUCAUUAAAGAUAGAUAGUAAUUAAGAAUUGAAUAUUACACUAAAAAUUUAAUUCAAUUUUUACCAAACGAAUUGUCAUAAUCGAUUAAAAAUCAAAAGAGCAAUUUAGGAGUAAAAGGUCCAAUUUUUGCAAUAGCUGUAAUUUUAUUGGUAUCUUUGUGGGUAACAAUUUAAUGGUAAAACAAAAAAUAGAAAAAAUAACAUCAUGAAAUUGAUGAAGAGGAUAUAGAGAAUGAUUAUUGA